AUGUUAACAUCACUAUUAGCGGGAAGUAAUUCUGUAAAGAUUUAUAUCAUAGAUACUGAUCCAUUACGAGCAUCUUUUCCAACAUGGAUAGAUACAAUUAUAUCAGAUGUAAAUAAUGUUUAUCAAACAUGUCAAAUUUAUAAUCUUCACCAUCAUACAAACAUUACACCAAUACAUGAUUAUUAUGGUUAUGAUGGUACUGAUAUUGCAAUGGACUUUAUUUUAAAAAAUGAUAAUUGUGCCUAUAUUAUGUUUACUAAUGGUGAUAACUUAUAUAAUAUCAAUUUAUUUAAUAUCAUAAAUGAAGCCACACUUCUUGGAACUGAUAUAAUUGCAUGGGACUUCAUAACUCAUCAUGUUCGAAAUGGAACAUUGAAUACAGCGAUAAAAGUGAAAUUUACUAGACAAAACGUUGACUUAGGUUGUGUACUUUAUGCAUCUAACGAUGCUCUUAAACUAGAUUAUGGUGCAUAUUUACUCGAACAAAAUGAAAAAUCUCAAGAUAAUUUUAUGAUCAAUGUUGGUGCACUACCAGCUGCUGUAUUUCGAUUUGUUAUUCAAACGGCUAUCGCACCUCGAUACAAUCCAAAUAAAGGUGGUAUCAGUUCAGCAGCUGGUACCACAUCCAAAUAUGUUCAAACAGCUUCAUAA